AUGGGGAAAUACAAACAUCAAAUUUUCAACUUUAGCGACCGAGAGGAAACUGUCUGGAAAGCACCGCCUCAAGGUUAUUUAAGGCUGGACACUGAUGCAUCAGUUAAUCAUGAACAGAAAGCAACAGGUGGAGGCAUAAUUCGAGACUCAUAUGGACAGUGGAUACUUGGGUACCAAUGCAAACUGGGAUAUGCACAAAGCACAACUGCAGAACUUCACACGCUAAGGCAAGGGCUUCAGUGCUGUCAGCAGUACGGACUAAAGAACGUAAUAGCAUAUACAGAUUCUAUGGAGGCUUACAAUCUAAUCAUGAGAGAUGGAGGCCAAAAUCACCCCCUAAGGGAAGAAAUCAAUGCAGCUCGUAACAUGAUCUUCUCAGAAUGGGUUCUACAACUCAAAUAUGCACCCAGAGACACAAUCAGAUGUGCAGACCGUCUAGCAAAAACCGCGCAUGACAUGGCGGGCAACUUCACGAUUUGGACUACCCCCACCCCAAAUGUUUGGACCUCCUUGAGGAGGAGGGUUCUAUGA